AUGGCCGAAGAAUAUCAACUGGUGAGAACUUUUGCUUCUCUCCCACGCACCACAAGAGGGUUACCUGUUGUGAUAGGAGUCUCUCCUAAAGGAGACAAGAUUCUUUACCCGAAUGGAAACUCUGUUUUCACUGUCCCUGUUAAGGAUGUUACGAACCCUGACAUUUACACAGAACAUUCCGUCCCAGUGACUGUAGCAAAAAUGAGUCCAAGCGGGUUUUAUUGCGCUUCAGGAGAUGCAAAUGGUAACGUGAGAAUUUGGGACACUGUCAACUCGACUCAUAUACUGAAAGCCACCUAUCCAGUUUUCCAUGGAAACGUCCGUGACAUUGCUUGGAACGACGACAGUAAGAGAUUGGCUGUCGUUGGAGAAGGUCGUGAAAGAUUUGGACAUGUUUUUCUCUUUGACACUGGAACUUCUAAUGGAAAUCUUUCUGGACAAUCUCGUCCAAUGGGAUCAAUCGAUUUCAGGCCAACACGUCCUUUCCGAUUGAUCAGUGGCUCUGAGGAUAACACCGUAGCCAUAUUCGAAGGACCUCCAUUCAAAUUCAAAACGACACUCCAUGAACAUACGCGUUUUGUUCACGCUGUUCGUUACAAUCCAGAUGGAUCCUUGUUCGCUAGCGCUGGUGCGGACGGCAAAGUUAUCGUUUAUGAAGGCGCGGAGGGCAAAAAAGAAUUCGAGCUUUCUGAUGAAAGCUGCAAGGGAAAUGCCCACAGUGGUAGUGUUUUUGGAGUCAGUUGGUCAAGUGAUGGAACGAGACUUGCUACUGCUUCUGCCGAUAAAACUCUGAAAAUAUGGAAUGUUCCAAACAAAUCUUUAGAAAAAACUGUUACUUUCGGGGACGAAAUUGAUAACCAACAGCUCUCUGCUGUUUGGGCCGAAAACAAGGUUGUGACUGUAGCCUUGAACGGAUUCAUAAGCAUCGUGAACCCAGAUGAAGGCUCCAUUGAAAAGGUUAUCACUGGACACAAUAAGCCUAUUACGGCUGCAGCUGUAACCGACGCGAGAGAUUUCUUGUUCACUGCUGAUUUCGAAGGAAACAUCAACCGAUGGAAACUUAGUGACGGAUCAUCCCUCAGACUUCCUAAGGUUCACAAGUCUCAAGUUGUUGGUCUCUUCGCGACUUCUUCGGGAACACUGAUCAGUACCGGGUGGGAUGAUGCGGUAGCUUUCACUGGAUCUGCUACUGGCUCCCCUAGUAGCCCAAAAUCUGUACAACUUCCAUCCCAGCCUCUGGGCUUGGCUAGCUCUUCUGAUGGAAAAACGGUAGCUGUGGCUUGUUACAAACAUGUAGUCAUUAUUGAGGAUGGAAAAGUGAAGAACGCUCAAUCCGUUGACGGACAGCCUUCUUGCGUUGCUUUCUCAGAAGAAAAGAAGCUUGUAGCAGUUGGACUUCAGAGCUCGAACGUAGUUAUUUAUGGCUUAGAUUCGAAUGGAACGCUCACUGAGAAGAAGCGUCUCAGCCAUAAUGGACAUAUCACAGCUGUAUCGUUCUCUGCUAACAGCGAAUAUCUGGUUGCCAGUGACAACGCCAGAAAAGUUAUCCCCUACAAAGUAGCUGAUGAUUUCAGUGUAGCUUCCAGCAAAGAAUGGACCUUCCAUUUGGCUAAGGUAAAUUGCGCUGCCUGGAGUCCAAAUGGUCGCUAUGUCGCUACAGGUGGAUUAGAUACAAAUUUGAUUGUCUGGGAUACUCAAAACAGCGGAGAACAUCCAAUUAUUAUUAAAGGGGCUCACGCGAUGUCGUCUAUUAAUGAAAUUCUCUGGACUAAAGAUAAUGAAUUGCUGACUAUCGGACAAGACUCGAACAUCAAACACUGGCGCCUUCACAUCUAA